AAGCUGAGCUUGAGCUUUUGCGACUUGGGGCCGCCGUCUAAACAUCUUUCGGUGUGCGCGCAUUUCAAGUCUUCAGUUACUCAGCGGCUUUGCUAGCGUUCAAGUCGUUGCCGUUUGCCGUUGCCGUUUGCCGUUUGCCGGUUCAGAACCAGAAGGCGCAUCACAUUUGACAACAACAUGAACGGACCCAAACACAAACUCUGCACCAAACUAUCCAGCACAUAUCUGCGCAAAUGGUGGAUUACAAUUGGUAUUGGGGCAGUUUUGAUAAUUGCCGGCGUUCUGGUUGCAUGCCAAUUUUCGGUGCUGAUCAAUGCGAUCGUUGAUCGCAUGAUCGCGCUGCGACCCGGCUCCAAGACCUUUGGCUGGUGGGCCAAGCCGCCCGUCGAGCCGCGCAUCAGUUUGUACGUUUACAAUGUGACAAACGCCGAUGAUUUUCUGAGCAACGGCUCCAGGGCCAUUGUCGACGAGGUGGGACCCUAUGUCUACAGCGAGACGUGGGAAAAGGUGAACAUUGUGGAGCAUGACAAUGGCACGCUGAGCUACAAUCUGCGCAAGAUCUACAAGUUCCGCGAAGAUCUGUCCGCUGGCCCCGAAGACGAUGUGGUCAUUGUGCCCAACAUACCCAUGCUGAGCGCCACCUCGCAGAGCAAGCAUGCAGCCAGAUUUCUGCGCCUGGCCAUGGCCAGCAUUAUGGACAUACUGAAGAUCAAGCCGUUUGUGCAGGUCUCUGUGGGCCAGCUGCUCUGGGGCUAUGAGGAUCCGCUGCUCAAGCUGGCCAAGGAUGUGGUGCCCAAGGAGCAAAAGCUGCCGUACGAGGAGUUCGGCCUGCUGUACGGCAAGAAUGGCACCUCAUCGGAUCGCGUCACCGUCUUCACGGGCACCGACAAUAUCAAUCAUUAUGGCAUCAUUGACAAGUUCAAUGGACGCACACAUUUGCCGCACUGGACAACGGAUGAGUGUAAUCGGUUGAGUGGCACCGAUGGCUCCAUCUUUCCGCCGCACAUCACAAAGGAUCGCGUGCUGGAGGUAUACGACAAGGAUCUGUGCCGUUUGCUGCCGCUGGUCUUUGAGAAGGAGGUAAUGACCUCCAACGAGGUGCCCGGCUAUCGUUUCACCCCACCCGAGUGGGUGUUCGCCGAUGUCGAUAGCCAUCCGGAUAACAUGUGCUACUGUCCGGCCGGCAAGCCCUCCUGCUCGCCCAACGGCCUCUUCAACGUGUCGCUGUGUCAAUAUGACUCGCCCAUCAUGCUGAGCUUCCCGCAUUUCUAUUUGGCCGAUGAUAGUCUGCGGACCCAAGUGGACGGCAUUUCCCCGCCGGAGAAGGAGCAGCAUCAGUUCUACUUUGAUGUGCAACCCAAAAUGGGCACCACUUUGAGCGUGCGCGCUCGCAUCCAGAUCAAUUUGGCUGUCAGCCAGGUGUUCGACAUCAAACAGGUGUCCAAUUUUCCGGACAUCAUAUUCCCCAUUUUGUGGUUUGAGGAGGGCAUCGAUUCGCUGCCGGAUGAGGUGACGGAUUUGAUGCGUUUCGCUGAAACGAUUCCGCCGAAAAUCCGUGUGAUUCUCAUACUGGUGCUGUGCGUCCUGGGCGUAAUCCUGCUCCUGCUGUCCACAUUCUGUUUGAUACGCAAUUCGCACAGGCAGAGCACGCUGCACUUGGAGGGUUCGAACUAUUUGGCCACCGCCCAGGUGGACAUGAACAAGAAGCAGAACAAGGACAACAAUCCCAACAGUGUGCGAUAUUAUCGCCAACGCGGACGCACAAAACCGAUUCCUGCUCCGGAUCCGUUUCUGAUCAUGGCCAACAUUUGCUUCUGGUUGAAGAUUGCGGCACUUGCCAUCUUCUGUGUAUUGAAUGUAUAUUUGUUUCUGAUCUCCUGGAGCAUUAGCUAUCGGGAUGCGAUCACCGUGGAGCAGGUGCGCUUCCGCGAACAGAUGCCCACCAUGGACAGCUGGGUGAAUUCACCGUUUGGCAAGCUGAAGAGCUAUGUGUUCAAUGUGACAAACGCGGAGGAGUUUAUGAGCGGACGCGACUCGCGGGUCAAGCUGCAGCAGGUGGGUCCCAUUGUCUACAAGAUUGUCGGCUACAACGAUGUGCUCAAUCGGACGGAGUCAAGUGUUACCUAUCGCAAGCAUCGCUAUCGCCAUGUGGAGUUCGUGCCCGAGGAGAGCGUCUCGCCGGACAUACUCAACCAGACCAUAAUACAGUUCAAUAGCGUCCUGAUUGGCGCCGCCGCCAAAUACAGUGAGCUAUCCUUCUCGUGGAUGGGCUUCAAUCCGUUAACCAUUGCCGAGCCCGUUUUUCUGCCGGGCAGUGUCUAUUAUUUUCUCUGGGAGUACACGCGACCCUCGCUGGAGGCCAUUGGCAAGCUGAUACAGCUGGACACCAACUGUGGCACGCUCUUCAAUGCACUCAAGGAGAAGGAGGAGGUGUAUACGGUAAAUAUUGGACCCGAGCCGGGCAUCGAGAACUUCUUUCGCAUACAAAGCCUCAACGGCGAGCAGCUGAUCCAGGAGCGCCUGAAACGCAGACAGUCGGAGUCCGACGAGAGCUGUCCCAUCAAUGUGGCUGGCAGCUUGGACAACUCCCUCUAUCCGCCCUUCGUGCAGCGGGACACGCCGCUCAGCAUCGUGGCCAGCGAGUCGUGUCGCAUCCUCCCGCUGCACUAUCAACGGGAUCAGGUGCACGACGGCCUGAAUGCCUAUCGCUAUGCCCUGCUCAAGGCCAACGAGUCGGCGCCCGCCUGCAUGGACAGUACCUACGGUGUCCAUCUGCCGCGCGGCAUGUUCGACGUGUCCAAGUGCGUGAUAAAUGAUGCACCCUCGGCCUUCUCGAUGCCGCAUUUCUAUGGCAGCAGCUACGAUUGGCGCCAGCAUUUCGAGGGCCUCAAUCCCAAUGCCGAGGAGCAUGAGCCCUACCUGCUACUGGAGCCCAUCAUGGGCGUGCCCAUCAAUGAGAAGUAUCGCUUUCAGUCCAAUACGCCGCUGCCGAGUUUCAAAAAUUUCAGCCCAAAGCUGCAAAAGCUGCGCAAUAUGAUUCUGCCCGUCUUCUGGUACGAAUUCGACAUGGAUCAUCUGCCCGGCUAUGUGCUCCUGAUGCUACGCUUCAAUGUCAUCUGGCUGCCCAGGCUGCAGCCCGUGCUGAUGGCCAUGCAACUAAUCCUCGCCCUCUGGUCCCUGCUCAGCCUGGUGCGACGCGUCAGCCGGAGUCGCAGCUACGGCGAGCUCUAUCGCAAGCUGUGCGGCGGGCCCGAUGUGCAGCUGGAGACCGUAUUGAACCCGCAACCGCAACAUGAUCCCAAGUCUGUCAAAUAGUCAGCGGCACGUGUGUAUCUUAUAGAUACGUUUUAGGUUUAGGUACGUAGCUUUAGACACGGAUCACCUCAUCGGCUGUGCUUAUCAGCAAUAGCAAUAGCAAUAGCAAUAGCAAUAGCAAUAACAAUAAUAAUGAUAAUGAUAAUGUAAUGUAA